AUGUUAACCAUCCUCAAGAAACUCAAACUAACCUCAACAACUCCGAAUCCCUCACUCUCUCUCCCUCUCCUCUCCAACGCCUCCCUCUCUCUCUCCUCCUCCACCACCACCCCCUGGCACGCCCCUCCUCCCUCUCUCUCUCCUCCACACUAUGAGGAAGAUGGGGUGGACCCCACACUCCGCCUCUCCAUCUCCUCCGCCAUCGCCAACUCCCACGCCACUCCUCUCGACUCCUCCCUCAAACCCCACCUCUCUUCUCUCACUCCUCUCUCUCCUCUCCUUCUUCCACUGGCUCCCCUCCUCCUCCCCCUCCUUCCGCCACACUCCCCACUCCUACUCCGCCAUGGCCCACUUCCUCCGGGCCCACCGCAUGGGCCCCGAUGCCCAAUCCCUCCUCAACUUCCUCGUCUCCCGCAAGGGGAAGCACUCGGCGGCGUCACUCUUCGCCGCCGUCGAAGCAACCGGAGAUUUUGCAAAGAAGGUAGAAUUGAGGGUGCCCAGAUGGUGUUCGAUGAAAUUACUAAGAGAGGUUUGCGCCCGAGUGUCGUUAGCUUUAAUACUUUGAUCAAUGGGUAUUGUAAGUCUGGGAAUUUGGAGGAGGGUUUUAGGUUGAAGAGGGUUAUGGAGGAGAGUCGGAUGUGGGCCCCUGAUGUUUUUACUUACAGUGCUUUGAUAAGUGGGUUGUGUAAGGAGUGCAAGUCGGACAAUGCGCGUAAGCUGUUCGAUGAAAUGUGCGAGAGAGGUUUGGUUCCGAAUGGUGUUACCGUCACUGCCUUGCUCGAUGGGCAGUGCAAGAGUGGGAGAGUUGAUAAGGCCAUGGAGAUGUAUUGGAUGAUGUUGAAGAAAGGCAUUGAGCCGGAUUUAGUUAUGUACAAUGCGCUUGUGAACGGACUUUGCAGGAUUGGAGAUUUGAGUGAAGCUAGGAAACUUGUAGAUGAGAUGAGAAUAAGAGGCUUGAAGCCGGAUAAGAUUACUUACACCACGCUUAUUGAUGGAUGCUUCAAAGAGGGAGACAUGGAAUUGGCUAUGGAAAUUAAAAAGGCAAUGGUGAAGGAAGGCGUUGAGCUUGAUAGUGUAGCUUUCACGGCCCUUGUUUCAGGGUUAUGUAGGGAGGGAAGGAUCGUGGAUGCAGAGAGGACGAUGAGGGAGAUGUUGAGUGCUGGCAUGAAACCUGAUGACGCCACAUAUACCAUGGUUAUCGAUGCGUUUUGUAAGUCGGGGGAUGUAAAGAUGGGAUUUAAGUUGCUGAACGAGAUGCAGAGAGACAGUCGCGUGCCUAAUAUUGCGACCUAUAAUGCGCUUAUGAACGGGUUGUGCAAGAAAGGACAGAUGAGAAAUGCUGAUAUGCUCUUAGAUGCUAUGCUUAAUGUGGGUGUGAUUCCCGACGACAUUACAUACAAUAUUCUUCUGGAAGGACAUUGCAAGCAUGGGAACCGAGCCGAUUUUGAUAAAUUACGAAGGGAGAGAGGGCUUGUUUCAGAUUACGCUUCAUAUGCGUCGCUCGUCGGUAAAUCAAGUAAAUCUUCAAAGGAUCGCCAGAAGAGAUGAUUGCACCUUGAGAUGAAAUUUGGCGGUAAAUUCACAUCCCUGUAUUCAUUCAAAUGAGUCAGAGAAAGAAGAAAGGGUAUUCGGUGACAUUUUUGUUGGUUACGGAGGAGCUCUUGACGCAAUGCUUUGCCAAUGGACAAGCAAAACCGAAAUCAGUUUCAAGCUUUAAGUAAAUAAAUUUUGGGUCAUUUUAGACUUGCUUUUGCUCCAAUUAGGUUUAUUUUAGAAAUGAGAUGCAAAAUUUGUAUAUUCUUCUCCCUUAUUCAGAUUCUGGCUUAUUACUUGAAUAAACAUCUCCGGAAACUGCUUUUAAUAGCCUUCAGUAAAUGAUGGAAGAUCAGUGGGAGCAAGGAUGAA